AUGGGCGUAGGGAUGACUGCAGCCAAGGACUUCACUCUCCUGCAGUCCUACAGCAUCGGAACAGACGUCGCCAUCACAAACCAAGAAUCGCUGUGGCUUGGCACUAAAAAGCAGAAGAAUGUCAAUCAAGCGCCACUGUACCGCGGUGGCCAUAUUGGGACCUUCGGGCUUCCUAGAACAUCGGCCUUGCAAAUGCUGCCUGAAUGGCUCUCCGUGAAAAACAGAAAGCGGGAGUUCCCGUCAAUAAGAUUUCGCAGAGGAUUCACAAAGCCAUUGAUUUCGCCUUUUCUUGACAAAAUCUCUUUGACGAUAAAUCACUGGCGGAUGAAGCACCUAUAUCUCGACCUUGAAAAGCAACUCAUCCUCCUUCUUACUCUCUGCCACCGCUAUCAUCUUCGAGUUCUGCACACCAGAUUAGCACCAAUCGACAAGACGAGCACAACACGAUCUACCUACCAAUCAUCCACCAACACUCCGAAGAUGUUCACCUCCGACGUCGAGAAGGGCGCAAACGCCCAAGGCUUCAUUCAGCAGCCGAGUGCUGCACAUACCUCCACUCACGCAAGCUUCCUCCCAUCCUACGAGCGAGCAGUCAACGACAACAUGCGCGGCUUCGGAGAGCCAGAAGGCCAAGCCAAUCCCCAAGCGUUCGACCACAUCCAGGAACCCAAGCAUACCGAACGCCGAUGCAUGAAGCGCGAAUGGCUGAUUGCAGUCAUCGUUACCAUCAUCUGCCUUGCUCUCAUCCUACCUCUAGUCGUCGUGGUCCUUCUGCGAAAGAACUCAACAUCUGAAAAGGUAAGCUCUUCUCCCGCCCAGAACUUCACCGUACUCAAGCCUGUAACGAAGCUAACCAUGAGUCUUAAUCAGACCACUUUCAUGCAGACUCGAUCAAUUACAGACACGGCUUUCAGCGCUGCGCCACUCACCAUCACGACUAUUGCUCCUAGCACAGUCUACGUGACAGUAACGCCAACGCCAACCUCGACCUCCACUCCGAUCACGACGCUCACCACGACACUUUCUCAACCCGAAUUGACUACGUCCCCUGGCAGAGAGACUGUCACCGACAUCAGCGUUUCCGUCAGCGUCUCGGUAUCCACAGCAUCUACAACGGAGUCGAGCACCACCACAUCUACAUCCUCCGGCAUGUCUCCCGAAGAGUCCGCAGCCUGGUCAUCAGUCUACGCUCAAUCCUCUGCGAACCGAGCAGCUCUCACCAUGGUCCCCGACUUCCAAACUUCUGCAACGACUCUCCUCUCAAUCACGACCGAGGAGAAGACGGUCGAAACGACGUCGUCUGGUCCCGUCGCCACUCUGACAGGUCAUUUUGGUUUCUAUAUGAGUAGGCAUGUGCACAUUGGCGCUAUCCCGGGUUGCGAAAUACGAAUCGCAUUGGCAAUCAUAGCGCAAUCGCUCGCUACUUUGAUCUGGCGCAAAACUUCUCCCUAUUCUGUCAAACAUAAAACUUUCGUUUUCAUCUUCCUCUCAGCCCUCGACAAGCCAUUCCACCCAUCCUCUCUCGCUGUGCUUGAACACGUAAUUGCUUUCUGCCAAAGGAACAUCAAGAGAAUCACUUCACCAUUCUCCCCGUGGCCCCGAAAUCCUUACAAAUUUUUUCUCCCCAUUCAAUACAGGACAGGACAGGACAGCAGAUAUCGUGCAGAAGGGUUGGGUUCUGCGCUGAGCUCGGCACUGAUACGGUCUCCAGGCCAAGUUUGCAUUUCCAGCGCUCGAUUUGGCGGAUUACCUAGCUCGUGUCGGUCGAAUGCUUCGGCUUGUUUGAAUACUCACACCUUGGCGUUAGGAUGUCUGUGGGCCGGUCGAGCAGGCCUGCGCCAUACAAUUGAAGACGAAAUGCACGAGCUUGGAGAUGGGAGGUUGAUGGUAAAUAUAAGGCUCAGAACAUCUGAGCUCCAUCAGCUCUUUCGAGCUGGUACUGGCAUUGGUAUCUAUUGGUAA